AUGUCGUCCGCUGUUGCUGCCAACGUCACCGCUGCCGGUCAGCGCGCUGGCAAGAAGGGCGCUGCCGCCCCCGCCGUUAACAAGGCUACCAAGACCGAAAGCGUGCGAUACUCGCACCGCAAGGCUGCUGUGUACGACGAGAAGGACAUUCCCACCUUCGACGUUCCCAUGUACACCGUCAAGGACCUGCUCUCGGCCAUCCCUGCCCACUGCUUCGAGCGAUCGGCCUUCAAGUCGUUCACCUACGUCUUUGCCGACUUUGCCAUGAUCGCCGCUCUUGGUUUCGCCGCCUCUUACAUCGACCCUACCGUCGCUAGCACCUUCUCUGGCCUCAAGUCCAACGCUCUUUCUCCUUUCGUUUCCGUCGGUAUCCAGCAGGCGCUCACUCGCUUUGCCGCCUGGUCCGUCUACUGGAUCCUUCAGGGAAUGGUCUUCACCGGUGUCUGGGUCAUUGCUCACGAGUGCGGCCACCAGAGCUUCAGCACCAGCAAGACGCUCAACAACGCCGUCGGCUGGGUCCUCCACUCGGCUCUUCUUGUGCCCUACCACUCGUGGAGGAUCUCGCACGCCCGCCACCACGCCGCCACCGGUCACCUUACCCGUGACGAGGUCUUUGUGCCCCGCACCCGUCAGCAGCGCGGCAAGCUCCCCCUCCAGCCCGCUCCCAAGUCGGGCGACGACUCGAACGACGAGGACGCCGUUGAGCAGGAGGUCGGUGCCGUCAAGGUCGAGGAGACCUUUGGCGAGUGGCUCGCCGAGACUCUCGAGGACGCUCCCCUGUACAACCUCGUCUACAUCUUUGUCCAGCAGCUUUUCGGCUGGCCCAUGUACCUGCUCAAGAACUCGUCUGGUCAGCUCCACUACCCCAAGGGCACCAACCACUUCAACCCCGAUGCCAUCAUCUUUGACAAGCGUCACCGCUCGCAGAUUCUUAUCUCGGACCUCGGCAUUGCCAUUACUCUCGGUUCUCUUACCGCCUGGGGCAUGCUCUCCAAGGGUGGCUUCUCGGAUGUCUUCCGCUACUACGUCAUUCCUUACCUCUGGUGCAACAACUGGCUGGUCAUGAUCACCUACCUCCAGCACACCGACCCUGCUCUGCCCCACUACAAGGCUGAGGCUUGGACCUUCCCUCGUGGCGCCCUUUGCACCAUCGACCGCAACUGGCUCGGCCCCGUCGGCCCUUACCUCUUCCACGGCAUUGCCGAGACCCACGUCCUCCACCACAUCUCGUCCAAGAUCCCUCACUACAACGCCUGGGAGGCCACCGAGGCGCUCAAGCAGCGUCUCGGCCACCACUACGUCAAGAGCGAGGAGAACAUCUUCAAGGCGCUCUGGAACAGCAUCAACGUGUGCAAGUUCGUUGACGAGAACGACCAGGUCGCUUUCUACCGCACUGUUGACGGUGUCCCCCACCGCCGCAUUGCGCCUGACAGCGCUUACGCCUCGGACUCUGGCAUCGCCAUGUCCGAGUAA